UGGGGGGGAGGGGGGCAGGGAGCAGGGAGGGGAUCGUGUAUCUUUAUAAUCUUUCUAACUCUCCUGUGCUAAUCUCAGAGGGACCACCCUCAAUAUAUCUGGAUUACCCGUGUCGUCCCGCUGCCUCCUUUCUGCGGCUCUCACCCUGCAGGGCUGCCAGUAGCCAAGGGCUGUUCCGGAAUCCCUUGCACCUGGCACCUGCCAUCUCCAGGGGCUGCCGUGUCCUUGCCGUGUUCUCUCGAGAGCCUCUAUGGUCUGGAAACAGGGGAGACGAGUGUCUUCACCCCCUUUUGCUGGGUCCUCCCUUUCCAGAGAGGGUUCGGGGUGGGACAUCCGAUUGUCCCCCCAGUCCUCUGUCUGGCACUUGGAGGCGUCCUCAACACUGUCCAGGAAGGAGAGUGACCCGAUCAUGGCCAAACUUAACUUUCCAGCCCUCCUCCUGUUCAACUGAGACCCCGUACCCCCGGGAGAUCAUGGAGGCAUUUCUACCAGGUCUGAGGUGUUUUGUCCCCAGGUACCCCUCCGUGUGACGGAGAUAAAGGUCCUUGACAGAACUGGAGUUAAGACCUUCCAUGCUUUCUUGAAAAAAAUGGAUCCCAGUGUCCCCUGUCCAGCUCCUGUCUCACUGUUCUGACGUGGACGUUCUGUGACCCAUGCUUCCCCAAAUCCAGGCUACCACGCCCGCCCUGAAGAAACCAAAUGCAGAAAGGGGGUGACGAAAUAGCAGAGAUCCUGGGAAAGCAGCGAAGGCGGGCCCACCAAGGAGAGCCGUGGGCUCAGGAGCAUCUGCCUGCAGGGAAAUGCCCUGGGUUUCUGCCAGCCAGGGAACUAGCAGUUCCACUCCCCCCUGUCCCCCAGAAGAAACCUUACUUAUUGUGAGAUGUCAGGCCAACGAAGCAACUCCAGAACCCUUCUGUCCCCAACAGAAACAUGAGUAGAGAUGAUCCCAUGGGGUAAAAAUAUGGUGUCUCGUUGUCCCCAAGAGCCUUCCUUGAACAUGGCAGACCAAGCGCUCUGCCUGGUGUGGAAGAGACACUCACUGAGCCCAUAGGUGGUGAAGCCCAUGCUCCGUCAGUCCCCAGAGGAGGGUCGCGAUUCAGCCUUGACAGCUCCUUCAGUCCUGCUUCCCUCUCACACCGGCACACCACGCCUCAGACAGCCAUUCACACUCCCCAGACGCUGCCAACACCUAUCACACACUCAGAUGUGGGGCACAUGGCUACAUCACACACACACACACACACACACACACACACAGGUAAAUCAUUCUACCCCCCCCCCCCCGUAAUACACACAAACAGCCCCCACCAAAAUGCAUACCCCGUCCCGAGGCUGGACAGAUCCAACCCCAAGCACCGUGCACACACCUUCCCACACACCCGUGGCUUUGGAACUCUCUCCUUGGAGCCCGUCCAAGGGGCUGGGCAGCACUGAGGUCAUCUGCUGCCGUGGCUCUCCCGCUUCCCAGCUCUUCUCUUAUCUCUGCCUCUCACGCCGCCCCUGGCCGUCUCCUUUCUUCCUUCCUUGUGCUUGAAGAGUCUCCACUUGCUGGAAAGCCCCCAGGUUUCUCCCUUUCCAUCUUCGGGAAAACGCCCCCUUUCUGGUCCUGGCCGUGAUGCUUUCCUGAGACUGUCUUGACCCGCCAGACCCAACCUCAAAACAGGAAGCCCGGGGCCAGGGCCCCCCAUGUGGACCUCGGGCUCAGGCAGGCAGUGGGCGUGGGGGGUAAGGCUUCCUGAGCGCUGCCCCCGGGGCCCUGCCCAGAGCCCGAGGGCCUUCAUUAGGCCUCAGCACUUAUCUUGGAACCACAGCUGCAGACAGAGUGUCCCAGCCCUGCUCUCGGCCUGCCCUGAGCGCACAGUGCCAUGGGGAACUGCCUGCCCCGGGUGGAAUCCUCCCUCGCCGAGAACAGAAGUCAGUUGUUUUUUGAAGACUUUGCUUGGAAUUAUUCCUACGGUGAGGAAUCCUACGGGGACAUCUACAUCCCGGACGCUGUCGCCCCCUGCCACUCGUGUAACCUGCUCGAUGACUCCUCGCUGCCCUUCUUCAUCCUGGCCAGCGUCCUGGGCAUUGUGGCUAGUGGCGCGGUCCUCUUGGCACUUUGCAGAUCUCCCUUCCACUGGCGGCUCUGCCCCAGUUGGCCCGUCCUGGCCCAGCUGGCUGUGGGAAGCGCCCUCUUCAGCACGGCGGUGCCCAUUCUGGCCCCAGGGCUAACCAGCGCCCACAACCCUACCCUGUGCCACCUGGGCUACUGGCUCUGGUACAGCUCGGCCUUUGCCCAGGCUCUACUGAUAGUGUACCACGCCUGCCUGGACCCUAACCUGGGGACAGGCCACACCUGGGGUCUCACUCUCGGCCUCUCCGUGGGGCUCUGGGGAAUGGCUGCUGUAUUAGGGCUGCCAAUCACCCUGGCCACGGACACGUCCCAUGGCCUGUGCACCCUGGCGUCCAGCAGGGGCCUGGGGACUCUGCAGUCCAUACACGCUGCAAUCUGCUUUGGCAUCUUUGUCUUGCUGCCCCUGGGUUUGUUGGGAGCCAAGGGGCUGCAGAAGGCGUUGUACAGGGGGCCAUGUCCCUGGAUCAGCGUCCUGUGGGUCUGGUUCGUUUUCUGGUGGCCUCACGGGGUCGUUCUGGGAUUCGACUCCCUGGUGAGGUCCAAGGUCCUGCUGCUGCCAACGUGUCUGGCUCAGCAGGUCCUGGACCUGGCCCUGCACCUGGCAGAAGCCCUGGCCAUACUGCACUGUGCCGUGUCUCCCCUGCUCGUGGCCCUGUUCUGCCACAAGGCCACCCACGCCUCCUUGCCCUCCCUGCCCCUUCCUGCAAGACGGUCUUCUCAUCUGGACACUUUUGAAAGCAAAUCCUCCCUCCCUUCCCACCUGUCAGCCUGAAUUAAAGUUUACCCGGCUUUUAGGAA